AUAUUAAAUUUAUAGAACGCAACGCAGCCCAAUUCAGCAGUUCCUUCGAACAACUGAACGCGAACGGACGGUUACGCAGAGACACGCCACAACAUCCCUAAUCCGUGCGGGAUUUUCUUGACUCAUCUUAGAGAGAUUUUUUUCUUUUUGUGCUUAUUGAUAAGAUAAAAAAGGCCCAGUGUGUGUUUUUCCUCAUUUCGUGUUAUUUUUUUUGUCGUUUGUUACUUUGAAAGACACAAAACUGCGACACAUCUGUGAGUCAUCUGCCCCAGGAACAAAUAUGCGAUUAAAUGUGCUGAAGAUCACCUGCCUUGCAAUCUUUGCCGCACUCCUCUUUACAACUGUUUCGGGGAAAAUUUUCACACGAUGUCAAUUGGCUAAAGAGCUGGCCCGUCACAAAUUUCCACGGAGUUUCAUCUCAAAUUGGGUCUGUCUCAUUGAAAAUGAAAGUGGCAGAAGCACAACAAAGGUGACUCAACAUCCAAACCUCACAACAAGCUAUGGACUCUUCCAGAUUAACAGCAAAGAUUGGUGCAGAAAGGGCAGAAAGGCGGGAGAAUGCAACAUGAAGUGCGAGGAUUUCCUCAAUGAUGACAUUUCGGAUGAUAUUCGAUGCGCAAGGCUCAUGUACGAUCGUCAUGGAUUCCUCGGUUGGUCUGGCUGGAAGAAUAAGUGCAAAGGACGAUCCCUUCCUGAUGUCUCCCAUUGCUGAACGUUCCACCAACAAUCCCUCCGUGUACUACCACCACCCCAUCAUUUGUCUUUUGUAUACAAGAAUCCUUUUAUUUUAUUUUUUUUUAAAUUUCCUCAACGGAUAUAAUAGCAAAAAAUUUCACAAUGAGUAUGUGGCUUUAACUCCUUUGACUUGGACCAAUGCGAGAAUGGUGAAAAAUUUGCAUAAUUAAUAAAUUUGGCAUGAAAAA